AUGCCAAAAUUGAGGUAUAUUCAGAUAUCAGCAUGGCAUAUAGUAGUUCUGCUUGGAUUUGGAUAUCUGGUGAUUUUAUGGCGGGAAUACAAGAGUUUAGAGAAGAUGUUUGUACAGAAACAUGACAGGAGCCCAGCUUUCCAUCCAUGGCUUAGUAAGGAUAAAGGGAUCCAACUGUACAAACAAGAAUGCCCUGUGUUUGACAGCACAUAUUGGAGGUUUGUCCCAAAUGAUUCUGUGAGAAAUCAGACCAUGGAAUUGAAGCCUGGAAUAUGCCUAAAGCAGUCAGCGGCUCUGAGACCUGAUAUAGAGAUGGAGAAAGAGUGGUCUGCCAUCAGUGUCAGAUACCCCCAGUAUGUCUAUACUGUCAGUGGAUGGAUCCAACUAAUUAAUGUGGACAGCUACGACAUUAAACCCCUUCAGGUUUUCAUUGUACCACACUCACACCAGGAUCCAGGAUGGAGGGACACCUUCAGUGGUUAUUAUAACAGUUACACAAGACGUGUGUUAGAUCAUAUGGUGAAAUAUCUUGGAAGCAACCACCUCCUGGAAAUUCAUAUGGCCAGAGAUUGCCUUCUUGGAGAAGUGGUUUAG